UUGAGGGUUUUUUUUUUUUUGAAAAUUUAACCAAACCAUUCUUCCCAAAAUGAGGUGGAUAAACAAAGGAAACUACUAUAAAUUCGAAAGACUUCCCUUCUUUUUUCGUCCCAACAAUUUGCUCUCUCUCUCUCUCUCACUCAUCAUCUUGCUCGCUUGCCAUCUCCUUAGUUUCUCAAAUAAUGGCAACCAUGAACCGAAGGAAUCUCGCUCAUGGCAACACACUGAUGCAUCUAAGUGCGACAUUUCCCCUUUGGAAUAGUAGAUCUGCAACAACUCCAAUCUCAGAAGUUCCAGUGCUCGUGUAUCUUCUAGUCACAAGGUCCCGCUUCUCGAAUCAAAGCUCCGAGAUUAUGCGCAGGUCCGAAGAUUUUAUCUUUACUUCAACCCUUGGCAACGUUUUGCUUCCGCAAGCUCGACGUAGGGAGGUCUCCUACAUGCUCUCUCACAUCCAGCAUUCUGAUCCCAGAGAUAACGAUUUCUGGAUCAACCAGAUAUGCUCUUUUGCUUCUCAAGCAGCCCCAGAAGCAGCGCAAAACCAUGGUCUCGCGCUCAUUGCCGAUAUUAUUAUCGAAUAUACCGACUUUCAUGCAUUUUUUGAAGGAGUCCAGGAGAUCAGUGAGCCACUUACUUUAGGAGAAAUAUUUGAUGGCAAAGAAUGGUUUGGCAGCACACCGGAGGGCAAGUCUUCUGGCAGGAAACUCGAGAGGGUUAUCUAUACGACGGAUGGUUUCCAAGAGAGUGAGUGUGUCAUUUGUUUAGAGGACUUUGAUCCAGGGGUGGAAGUUGCCAAAAUGCCAUGCUCUCAUAUCUUUGACCAGCAUUGUAUUGCUGCCUGGCUGGAGAGGAGUCCUCUCUGUCCUCUCUGUCGUUUUGAAAUGCCUACUGGAAACGAGAAGGGAAAAUGAGACGUACGUGUCCUCUUUUGUCUUGGAUUUAAUCUUUUUGAGUACUGAUGUAGCACCUGAUCAUAGCUUUAUGUUUAGCUCUAAUUUCACAUACCGAUCUAAGGUUUGAUCUGAUCA